AUGUCGCACUUGCAACCGACUAGAAAAUGGGAUGCACGGUACAUCGGCAUCGUACCUCAUGACAACACAUACUACGCCAAAUGCUUGAUGGGAGGUGCACUCGCGUGCGGUCUCACCCAUGCCGCAAUGACUCCCAUCGACGUUGUGAAGUGUAACAUGCAGGUCAAUCCAGCCAAAUACCAGCGCCUCUGGUCCGGCUUGGCCACCGUACUCCAUGAAGAAGGUUCAACGGGUAUAUGGAAAGGCUUCGGGCCCACUCUCAUCGGCUACACCCUCCAAGGGUCAUUAAAGUAUGGUCUGUACGAAGCCUUUAAAGACCUCUACAUGAACAUUGCUGGGGAAGAAGCAACGAAGAAAUACAAGCCUGCCAUAUGGCUUGCAGGCUCGGCGUCCGCAGAGUUUUUCGCUGACAUAGCCUUGUGUCCCUUCGAAAUGACCAAAGUGAAGAUUCAGACGAGUCCGAACGGGAGUUUCCCCACGGCGUUCGGCGCUGCUUUGGCUGAGAUGAGAAGUAGAAGGUUAGAAACUCGAUACCCGUUCGGAUCUCUCGGUCCGCUGUGGACCCGUCAGAUUCCCUAUACCAUGGCCAAGUUCGUGUUCUUUGAAGGCAUCGUACAGCAAUUCUACACACACAUCUUCACGGCGCCCAAAGAGACAUAUUCGGAGCUGACUCAACUCGGCAUCACGUUCACCUCGGGUUACCUUGCGGGCAUAAUUUGUGCCGUCGUUUCACACCCUGCCGAUACCGUCGUGUCACUCAUGAGCAAGGCUGAGAACAAGGGCAAGAGUGAGACGGGUCUUGUGACGCUUGCGACCAAGGGCCUUGGUACACGUGUGAUUAUGAUUGGCACGCUUACAGGAUUCCAAUGGUGGAUAUACGACACGUGUAAGACUGUGAUGGGGCUUGGCACCACCGGUGGGAAGUGA